CGCCGUGUACUCGCAAUGAAGCAUGGCAAUGUAUGUACACUAGAAGACCACGCUUUCACAGUUGGCAACAAGAAUGCUGGUCUGGGGUUGAACAUGUUGAAACAGGAGCAUGUUGUCGUUCAGAUUUUCUAUCACUUGAAGGACUUGGAAUCUCGACAGUAUUUCCUGACAUGCUCAGUCAUUGGACUCACGUCGAUCCAACACAACCUUCAACCCCAUCUGCCUAUAAAUAGCAUGCCACCUGCCUAUGUAGCAGGAGUUUUAUACUGGAUGAGUGAACCAAGGUUGUUGGAGAUUCAUAAGAGGGUCAUUGUAUCAUUUGACGUCACAAAAAUGAUGUUUGAUCUCGUCCCUUGCCCUUCACCCAUCGCAAUGUGGAGUGACACGAGUCCUUGCCAAGCAUUUGUGAUCGAGCUUGAGGGAAUGUUAUGUGCGGUCCUUGCUGAUCCUGUCGCAGAAGAAUUAGAUAUUUGGAAGCUGGAGCAUGGUCGCUGGGACAGAGCAUAUAAAGUCUAUUUAAAAGGUUGGUCGGGCUAUUCCCUUGGAGAAAACGUUGUGAUGCCGUUGCUUGUCGACCCCAGAGACGGGAGAAUCUUGCUCAACACGGGAAGAAAACUGGGUCUUUAUGAUCCGGCAAGGCGCACGAUUGAGAACUUGUAUGAUCUUGAUGGGGUGCUGCAGAGUUAUGAUGCUACUACUCACUCUGAGACAACUGUGACAGGUGUUCUUAACACUUUCGGCAAAAGUGCUGACAUUUCUUCAGCUUUACAUAUGCAUGAGUGA